AUGUCGACGCCAAAGGAAGACAAAUUUGAGGAUAAGGAUUCCCUUUCAAACGUUUCGACACCAAAUGAAGAACACUCUUAUGCAGAAUCAUUGCAGAGCUAUGAAGCUCAAGGUGCGGCAGCAGAAACACAAGGUGAUGAGGAAGAGUUAGCUGCAACUUCCCAAAUAUCACGUCAUUUGACGAACAUGCUUUCGAAUGAAGAUGGCACUGAAAGAUUGGCGGCUAUGUCGCGUAUUAUUUCUACAAAGACCAGGAAAGAGAUGCAAGAAUUUGAAGUUAAUGAUUUAGAUUUCGAUCUAAAAUCGCUAUUGAACUACUUGAGAUCACAUUCUAUUGACCAAGGCAUUACACCAAAUGAUUCUGGUAUUGCAUUUAAAAAUGUGACAGCUGUUGGUAUCGAUGCUUCAGCCGCUUACGGUCCAUCUCUGGAGGAAAUGCUCAGAGAUAUGGUCAAAUGGCCUGUGAAAUUUUUUAAGAAAUUAACCAAGAGUCAAGACGCCGUACCAUUAAGAAACAUUAUCCAAAAUUGUACUGGUGUUGUGGAAUCAGGUGAAAUGCUUUUCGUAGUCGGUAGACCAGGUGCAGGUUGUUCGACACUGUUAAAAUGUCUUUCAGGUGAAAUUGCUGACUAUGUCCGUGUGGAAGGUUCGUUUUCCUAUGACGGUCUUGAUCAAACAGAGAUGAUGAAGAGAUAUAAAGGUUACGUUGUUUACUGCCCUGAGAUGGAUUUCCAUUUCCCAAAGAUUACUGUUAAGGAAACGAUUGACUUUGCAUUGAAGUGUAAAACGCCUCGUGUUAGAGUUGAUAACAUGACAAGGAGCCAGUACGUCGAUAGUCUGAGAGACAUGUGGUGUACAGUCUUUGGUUUAAGACACACCUAUGCCACUAAGGUCGGUAACGAAGUGGUAAGAGGUGUUUCUGGUGGUGAAAGGAAGCGUGUUUCUUUGGUGGAAGCACAAUGUAUGAUGGCGGCUUUAUACUCUUGGGAUAAUGCGACAAGAGGUUUAGAUGCUUCUACGGCAUUGGAGUUUGCCCAGGCUAUUAGAACUGCUACCAAUAUGAUGAACAAUUCUGCGCUUGUCUGUAUUUACCAGGCAGGUGAAAACAUUUACCGAUUAUUUGAUAAAGCUACCGUUCUAUACAAUGGUAAGCAAAUUUACUUUGGUCCUGCUAACAAAGCAGUUGCUUAUUUCCAAGAUAUGGGUUGGGUUAAACCACCUAGAAUGACAUCUGCGGAAUUCUUGACAUCGGUGACUGUUGAUUUCGAGAAUAGAACAUUAGACAUUAAACCAGGGUAUGAGGAUAAAGUGCCAAAAUCGGGUGCUGAGUUUGAACAGAGAUGGUUGGAGUCUGAAGAAUACCAAGAGUUGUUAAGAUACUAUGAUGAUUAUCAAGCACGCCAUCCAGCUGAUGAAACCAGGGAUAGAUUUGAAACUGCAAAGAGACAAGCCUUACAAAAGGGUCAAAGAACUAAAUCUCAAUUCACGGUUAAUUACUGGCAUCAAGUUUGGUACUGUAUGAUGCGUGGAUUCCAAAGAGUUAAAGGUGAUUCUACCUAUACCAAAGUCUAUUUAUCAUCCUUCACUAUUAAAGGUUUAAUUGUUGGUUCCAUGUUUCACAAUAUUGAUAACAAAAGUCAAUCAACCACUGCAGGUGCUUAUUCCCGUGGUGGUUUGCUUUUCUAUGUCCUACUGUUUGCUGCUGUUACUUCUUUGGCCGAAAUUGCAAAUUCCUUUGCUAAUAGACCAAUUGUGGUUAGACAUAAAUCUUACUCGAUGUACCACAUUUCUGCUGAAUCCUUACAAGAAAUUAUCACUGAAAUGCCAACAAAAUGUCUUGCCAUCAUUAUUUUGGGUCUAACAACUUACUGGAUGCCUUAUAUGAAAUAUACCGCUGGUGCCUUCUUUCAAUACCUGCUGUAUCUAUUUACCGCCCAACAAUGUUUGUCAUUUAUUUUCAAAUUUGUGGCUACUAUGACAAAGGAUGGUACCACCGCGCACGCUGUUGGUGGUUUGGCGAUUUUAAUGCUUUGUGUCUACACUGGUUUCGUGCUACCAAUUGGUGAGAUGCACCAUUGGAUUAGAUGGUUCCACUACCUCAACCCAUUGUGUUAUGCUUACGAGUCUUUGAUGUCUACUGAGUUCCAUGGGAGACAAAUGUUGUGUUCUCAGAUGAUACCAAGUGGACCAGGUUAUGAAAAUGUUUCUGUGGCUAACCAAGUCUGUAGCUCCGCAGGUGCUGUUAAAGGACAUAAGUAUGUUAGUGGUGAUGCUUAUGUGCUUAAAAGCUAUCAUUUCAGAUAUAGACAUGCUUGGAGAAACUGGGGUAUUAAUGUCGUUUGGACUGCUGGAUUCAUUAUGUUUAACGUUAUCCUAUCUGAGACUUUGAAACCCCUAGAAGGUGGUGGUGACUUAUUAUUGUACAAGAGAGGCCACAUGCCCAACUUUGGUACUGAAAAUGCUGAUGCCAAGACCGCCAGUAGGGAGGAAAUGAUGGAAGCUCUAAACGGUCCUGGUGUUGAUUUGAAAAAGGUUAUUGCCGAAAAGGAUGUCUUCACUUGGAACCAUUUAGAUUACGUUAUUCCAUAUGAUGGUGCUACCAGACAAUUGUUGUGCAACGUUUUUGGUUACGUUCAACCCGGAAAAAUGACUGCCUUGAUGGGUGAGUCUGGUGCCGGUAAGACGACUUUGUUAAAUGUUUUGGCCCAAAGAGUCAACAUGGGUACAGUGACUGGUGAUAUGUUAGUUAACGCUAAGCCAUUACCACAAUCUUUCAAUAGGUCCUGUGGUUAUGUUGCACAAGCUGAUAACCACAUGGCGGAAUUAAGUGUUAGGGAAUCCCUAAGAUUUGCUGCUGUUUUAAGACAACCUGCUUCUGUUCCAAUUGCUGAAAAAUAUGACUAUGUGGAGAAGAUUCUGCUAUUAUUGGGUAUGCAAAACUAUGCUGAAGCGUAUGUGGGUAAAACCGGUAGGGGUUUGAAUGUUGAGCAGAGAAAGAAAUUGUCUAUUGGUGUUGAGUUGGUUGCUAGACCAGCUCUGUUAUUGUUUUUAGAUGAACCUACUUCUGGUUUGGACUCUCAAUCUGCUUGGUCUAUCGUUCAAUUCAUGAGGGCAUUGGCUGAUUCUGGUCAAUCGAUUUUGUGUACGAUUCACCAGCCUUCUGCUACUCUGUUUGAGCAAUUCGACAGAUUGUUGUUGUUAAAGAAAGGUGGUAGAACUGUGUACUUUGGUGACAUUGGACCAAACUCUUCUACGAUGUUGAGUUACUUUGAGCGUGAAUCAGGUGUCAAGUGUGGUGUUUCUGAAAAUCCUGCAGAGUACAUUUUGAACUGUAUUGGUGCUGGUGCCACUGCAUCUACGAGUGCUGAUUGGGGUGACCUGUGGGAAAAGUCACCAGAAUGUGCUAAAGCGAGGGAAGAAGUCGAGGAAUUACAUCGCACGCUACCUAGUAAACCAACCAAUGAGGAUCCUGAACUAUGUACCAAAUUUGCUGCAACUUAUCCUGUUCAAUUGAAAAUGGUUUUGUUAAGAACAUUAAUUCAAUUUUGGAGAUCACCUGUCUAUCUUAGAGCAAAGUUUUUUGAAUGUGUUGCUUGUGCUCUUUUCGUUGGUUUGUCUUAUGUGCAUGUGAACCACUCAUUAGGUGGCGCUCAAGAAGCCUUUUCUUCUAUUUUCAUGUUGUUGUUGGUUGCUUUAGCAAUGAUCAACCAAUUGCACGUUUUCGCCUAUGGUUCUAGAGAAUUGUAUGAAGUCAGAGAGGCGGCUUCCAAUACUUUCCACUGGUCUGCUCUUUUAUUGAUGCACACAACCGUGGAACUUAUGUGGUCCACUAUGUGUCAAUUCUUCUGUUUCAUCUGUUACUACUGGCCUGCUAAUUUCAAUGGUCGUGCAUCUCACGCUGGUUUCUUUUUCUUCUUCUAUGUUUUGAUUUUCCCACUUUUCUUCGUCACUUAUGGUCUAUGGAUUCUUUACAUGUCUCCAGAUGUGCCAUCUGCAUCCAUGAUCAACUCCAACCUGUUUGCUGGUAUGUUACUGUUCUGUGGUAUCUUACAACCAAGAGAGAAGAUGCCUGCAUUCUGGAGAAGAUUGAUGUACAAUACCUCUCCGUUUACUUAUGUUGUACAAGCAUUGGUUGCACCAUUGGUGCACAAUAAGAAGGUUGUCUGUAAUGAGGGUGAUUAUCUCAGGAUGGAUCCACCUUCCGGUCAAAACUGUGGUGUUUAUUUGAAACCUUUUAUGUCACUCCAUGGUGGUUACUUGGUUAAUCCAGAUGCUGGCAAUGAGUGUAAAUACUGUCCUUACACCGUUCAAGACCAAGUUGUGGCCAGAUUCAAUGUUCGUUGGGAUAAGAGAUGGAGAAAUUUUGGGUUUAUGUGGGCUUACAUCAUUUUCAAUGUCUUUGCCAUGUUGGUAUGUUACUACAUCAUGAGAGUUAAGGUGUGGUCUUUAGGUAGCUUGUUAAAUGUGAAGAGUUGGAUCCCUAAGAAGAAGGAUAGACACGAGAAGGAUACCACUAUCUUUCAAACGAAGCCUGGCGAUGAGAAUAUGGUUAAAAAACAGUAA